CAUUUAUAAUUUAGUUUUUAUAUUUUACAGGCAUUCAAUAAUCUUAAAGAAAUGGGCUUUUCGGAAGAAGAAAUAUUAGACGCUCUCAGAAUACACAGUAAUAAUCAAGAAGCUGCGUGCGAAUGGUUGCUCAACGAUCGUAAAUCCGACAAUGAAGAUCUGGACAUUGGGUUAGAUCCCGAAGGAUCGAUAUAUAAAGCCAUCAUGGCUAAUGCUAUUGUUCAGCUGGGAUUAAACAGCCUUAAAACUUUAUUUGCACUGCUGCAGAUGCUGGAGAAUUUCAACAGCGCGGGUCGUUGGUUGAACGAUUCCGACAUUGCACCACUCCUCAGUCAGAUUUUUCGCAUAUAUCACGCAGAGAAGCAUUCCCUUCAGAUGAUGAGGCCAUUUUCUCAUUGACGAUAAGCUUUUUAUUAAGAAAAAGAAAUUUCCACAUGUUGCUUUUUUGCGCAAAACACACACAAAAAUUUUCUGCGUGGCAUAAAAUUUAAAUAUUAUUUCAUCGUGUUAAUUUUAUUUUAUGUUUUUUGUUUAUAAAAUUAUCUUGUACAUAAACUUCUGUAUUAUAUGAGAGUGGAAGCUUCAUUAUUUGCAGAGAAUUUAAUUAUUUCUGAGUUCUCAAAUGCCACUCGGAAAGAGCAGUCGUUUAUUUGUAAGUUAUACUUUCUGUUGAUGUUAAAUAAAAAACAGAUUCUUUAGGAAUA